AUGAAGGCCACACAAAGAGUGCAGGGUCAUUAUAAGGCACAAUAUGAGAAUCUUAGGGAUUAUGAUGAGGAGCUACUAAGAUCUAAUCCUGGCAGCACAGUGAAGAUUGAUGUUGAGCCAAAUUGCAAUCCUAGCAGUCUAACAAGGCAGUUCAGGAGGAUCUACGUUUGUUUAGGUGCAAUGAGAGCAGGCUUCAAACUAAUAGGAAGACCUAUACUAGGGGUUGAUGGAUGUUUUUUGAAAGGGCCCUUUCCUGGCCAGAUUCUGACAGCAGUAGGAGUGGAUGGCAACAAUGGGAUUUACCCUGUUGCGUAUGCAGUGGUGGAGGCUGAGACAACUGCCAGUUGGACGUGGUUUCUUAAGUGUCUAGGUGGAGAUUUGGAUCUGGAAUCUAACAACAACUUCACUUUUAUAAGUGACAGGCAAAAGGGGUUAAUUCCUGCAUUGUCUAAAGUGUAUCCGAGUGCAGAACAUAGAUACUGCCUGAGACAUAUACACGAAAAUAUGAAACCAAAAUGGAGUGGAGAUGAAAACAAAAACCUGCUGUGGAAUUGUGCCUCUGCAUCAACAAUACCAGAGUUUGAAAAGUCUAUGAAGGCAGUGCUUGAUAAGGACAAAGCUUUACAUGAUUGGCUCAAACAAAUACCAAGCAAACAUUGGUCAAGAGCCUUCUUCACAGGCAGGGCUAGGUGUGACAUAUUGCUAAACAACAUUUGCGAGGUAUUCAAUCGGCAACUGAUACAGGGCAGGGACAAGCCAAUCAUAACAUGUCUAGAGUAUAUCAGGGAGUAUUUAACGAGGAAGAUUGUUGUGGUGCAUAAGAAGAUUGCCAAAUGUAAAGGUCCUUUAACUCCAGGAGCUACUGAAUUGUUGCAAACUAUCAAGAAUGAAGCUGCAGAGUACACUGUGAUUUGGACUGGAGGGUCAAAGUAUCAGGUCAGCACACACUUUAAUGACCACCAAGACCAAAGGGUUGUGAGUUUGGAUGAAAGGACCUGCUCUUGUAGAAGAUGGGAUCUCACAUGUAUCCCUUGUAGACAUGCAGUUGCAUGUAUCUGGGAUAUGGGAUUGCAUGGUAGAGGUGAUGGUGUUCCGGAAAAAUGGGUUCAUCCGGUUUACUGGCUAGAGACUUGGAAAGAGGUAGAGUUUUACAUACACACGUUCAAACAUGCAAGGAGUAAAAACACUUGUACAACUUGA